AUGGACCGAAUGGUGGCUGACCGAGGUGACGGAAUUGACUUAGCCUUUGACCGAGCCAAAGCAUGGACAAAAUAUUGUAAAGACUUGCUGAAUCACGUUUCACGUCGGGUUCAACUUGAUUUAGAACAUGCUAAACGGGUGCAAAAUCUUGCAAACCAAUCAAAAGUUACUAUCAGCGAGCAUUAUUUGCCACUAAAAGAUGUAUUCGAGACAAGUUUUGAAAAUGAUAUCACGUUUUGUGAGCAAACGCAAGAAGCCGUGAAGUACAUUCAAGACAGGUUUAUCAAAUCAUUGGAAUUAAGACGUGAUGAACAUGAGCGACUGCGAAGAUCUUUGAAAAAUGAGUGGUUAAGGGUAACUAAACAAGCGAAGGAUACACAGCAAGAGUUACAACGUGCUCGGACACUUCUUGGGUCACGAGAUGACGGAUAUCGAAAAGCACAAGAGAUUUCUAAUCGAGCAGAAUCGACUGGUCCUGCAGUUGGUUCAGAACUUAUUCGACGUCGUAAAGAGCUUGAAAAACGGCGAAGAAAUGAAGAAGAAGCUUUGAAUAAAAGAGAGGAAGCGCAAAGUCAGGUAGAAAAGCUUGAAAUGGAAUUGGAACGUAGACGACAA